UCUCUUGGAUGUCCUCCUCUAUCCUGCAGCUAUAAUCAAAGCUCAAAUGAAUCUAAGGGUUCUUGGGUUUAUUAUCCUCCCCAUAUUGUAAAAUCUGUCCUCAAUUACCUCUCUCCUUAUGCUUAGAUGUGAAAAGGCCUCAAAAGUAUUUGGACACUUGAGUCAUAAUGUCUAAAUGUCUUUAGCUAUGAAAAAUCAAAAUGCUUCUAGUAGGGGUGUGACGAGACAGCUUACGAGAACGAGAUGAGAUUUUUACACAGUAUUUUUAAGAAAUCCUCAAUGAUGAAAUGGAUGACUAGAACAGUAGUCUGCAGGUGCAUUUGAUUUGACUAAUCAUCUUGUAAUGAAUGUCAUUUCAAUUCUACUUUGAGUAUGAAUUAUCAUAUGCAGUAAAAGACAACAUUACUCAUGCACUGUAAAAGGAUUAACCACAAACUCAACUGAUUGACUUUUCUCCUGUAUGAUUUCAUAUGAGUCUCUUCAGACCUCAGAACUGUACAUGAUUUUUGAGCUUCUACAACUUUUGACCUCCUAACUGAACUCCUUUCCACAAACUGAUCAUAGAAAUAAAAAUGAAUAAACACGAAUAGCACAGUUUUCUCUUAGUCUUAUUAAGUGCAAACAAUAAGUGCAACCAUAAUCAAAGUGCUCAAUAUUCAAAGUGCAAACAGGGACCAAAUUUUUCUUUAAGCAUGAUACAGAGAUGGUUAAAACGUUAAAACUACACAGCCCAGCCUAAGAUAGCUUUCAUAUUGGGAGAUAUUUGCAUGCAUCAGAUAGCCGCUUUCAAAAUGUGGGGUAUUGAAAUCGCGUUUGAAUGAGCACUCGCGUUUUACUUUCGCUUUCUAUUUUUGCAUUUUACUUUAGAAUAGGGAGCGGCGAUGCUGAGUGCACAUUCUACAAGAUAAGACAUUUGUCGGACGCUUAUGCUCUGUUGUGCAACGAAUCCUCCGCCAUGGUCUUGUCAGUCAUCUCGUCACAUGCUCUCAUCACGUGAUCAGUGAACUUUGAUUCCUGCUGCACGACCUACGACUUUGCUGCUCAUGUUGGAUGAGCUGGAUGGGAUUGACGCAACUGUUAUCCAACUGAAUUAAGUGUUUUUUAUUUCUAUAAAAAGUAAAACAACAGUGGAGGCGUAAUGUAAACGUAGCGGUGGCAUAUUCUAUCCUAAUUUCACCCUCACACUCCAUCAUGGCAGUAUCACGAGACGGCUUUUCACCUCAAUGAGAAAUCUCAUCACAUUUUAAUCUCUCGUCACACCCCUAGCUGCUAGACUAGUCAGUUCCCCUCACGGCCUCACCAAAGUUUUUUCCUUAAAGUGUUUGUGCUGCUUUACAGUAAAUGCGUUUAUAUUUUGUCUUCUUAUGCAAUUGAGGGAAUUCAAAACUGACCCUUUUUAAUUUUUUUGACAUGCAUUUUUAAAAUUACACAUUUGGCAGACGUUUUUAUCCAAAGCGACUUGGAUUGCAUUCAAGAUAUACACUUUAUCAGUUCAUGCAUUCCCUGGAAAUCAAACACAUGACCUUGGCAUUGUUAGCGCAGUGCUGUACUGUUUGACAUCAAAAUGUAAACAACCUUUUAAGCUUUAUUUUUUCAUGAAUAUGCCUUAAGAUAAAGCAAGACCUUUCAUGUGAAAUCGAUUUAACAGACGAUAAUUAAGUUAGCCAAAGAUUAAAUUUGUAAUCUGGAGAUCAUCUUGAGAUCAAGAAGAUAUUCCUCCAUGACAGCUUCAUUCGGCCUCUUUCAAAAACCGUAAUAUCCAUUUGCCUCUGGCGGUACCUCCCUGUGAUGAUACGCUUCUGUUCUCUCUCUAAUUCUCUCUGACACCUCCUCCCACAGCUCUCACCUCCCACCCCCUGCGUCUCACAGCUGAGUCUGUCCGUCAAAUCGCGCCGGCAGCCAUUAGGAAGCCUGCGGAUAGUUGACUUGUGUUCUUUUUCUAGCUGUUGCCAAGACGUUGUGUUUUCACAGGUUUAUAUCUUGACGAAUAUCCAGGUGCGCUUUUUAUCCUAAAACAUCCAAAGGAAUCUGACUCUAACAAAGUCCCUGCUGAACUCUUACUGCCAAAUGAAUCUACCAUGUUUUGAAAUCAUCUACAUCUGGUUGCACAGCUAGUAACGUCUGUAUCGAAAUCAUUUCCAGCUUCCCCCGUUUAACAGCACUUAUCCAGUCGUAAAGUGUUUCCCAAACAGGGUAGUAUGUCCCACCUCUUCUUGCUACGGGAUAUUUAUAGCCGAGUCUUGUGUUAACUCAGCUGCCAUGCUUAUCUGUGUGUGUGUGAAUGUCCGUGCCAAUCUAUUUCAGAUGGUAGCUUCACCCUCUCAGUGACAGUGAGACUGUGUGCCUUGCUUUUGGCCUCUUGGUUUUUUUCCGGAGUUUGACACAUACAAUACUUUCCUUGGAUGUAUUUUUUCCCCAUAGAGGAAGCCAUCGCAAGGUCCACAGUGUCACUGUUUCCAUUUUCUUUGCUCCACUUUGUGUCCUCCUUAGCAUCACACCUGGCUGAGAUCUCCCUGCCUUCACCCCUCGUCCCGUCAUGGCGCUCUCCUCACGCUUAAAACUCUGGGAACAGAAGAUCAAGGAGGAGAAGAAGACACCAGCUGCCGCCGCCGCACAGCCUCCUCCUCCUCUCUCUGCCGUACCGGGAGGAUUCCUCAAACAGCUGGUGAGGGAGACCGAGAAAGAGACACGCCACAAAGAGCCAGAGCUCAAAGAGGAGAAGUCGCCCAACAAACUCAGCGACAACCUGGUCCAGAAUUUCUUACUUCCCGACCAAACUCCUCCAAUACUGGAAGCGGAGAUGGCACUUCGAGCAGAGCAGCUGGUGAACGGAGAACGGGGCCGCCACACCGCACUGACAGAGAAGAAAACGUCCUCACCCAGGAGGAUAAUGUCACCUGAAAACCCAAAAAGUCCGAGAAGCGACUCAAAGUCCACCACUCCAGAGGUCAACCAACAGGAACAUGCGCCCAGCCCCAGCACAGAUAAAGCUAAAUCUCCAGCUCCACCAAUGGAAAAAGAAGUGAAGAAAGGAGAAGUAAAGGUACAACAGGAAGUUAAACCACUGAAACAGGAAGUGAAAGAGGUGAGGCAAGAGCCUGAGGGUCAACUCACUGUAUCCCAUAUAAGAGAGGAGCCCAAGGUACCAGUGAGGGAUGUGUGGUAUGAAGCUGGUAAUGUGUGGUACGCUCACAAAGAUGGAUAUACACUCGCCACUCAGCUGAAGCCGGACGAGGGCACACCGGAGCUCCCUGACGGCAGGGUGAGGGUUCGGCUGGCCUCAGAUGGAUCCAUCCAUGAUGUGACGCAGUAUGAGAUUGAAAAGCUGAACCCUCCUGAGCUGGACCUGUGUGAGGACUUGAGCGACCUUGUGAGCGUGAACGAGUCGAGCGUCCUUCACUCUUUGACCAGUCGAGCUAAAGGAUAUCUACCCCUGACCCACGCUGGGCCCAAUCUGCUGGCACUGUGGCCUCCUCUGUCCUCGCCAGCCAAGGGGCUUCGGAGCAGACGCUGGGAGUCCUGGGAAGCCCCUGGCCCACUGCAGGCUCUGGUGAGGAGGGUGUACGUGUCCAUGGUGGGUCAGCGGAGGGACCAGACUCUGGUGGCUUUGGGUCGCAGUGGCACAGGGAAGACCACUUCCUGUCAGUCAUUUUCCCAGGAGCUGCUCAAACAAGCGGGAACAGCGGGAGGAAGCCUUACCUUAGAGCGUCUGCAGGCAGUGUUUACAGUGCUGCGCUCUUUCGGGUGUGUGAGCUCGUCUCACAGUGAAGCCUCGACUCGAUUCGCUAUGGUGCUGUCGCUGGACUUCAACCACGCCGGACUCGCUGCUGCCGCACAUCUGCAGACCAUGCUGUUGGAGAAAUGGAGGGUGUGUCGGAGGCCGGAGGGAGAGAGUAACUUCCUGGUGUUCUCCCAGAUGCUCGCAGGCCUCAGCACAGACUUGAGGACUGAAUUGCAGCUGCAUCAGUUAAAAGAACACAACUCUUUUGGAAUCACAUGCCCAACCAAGGUGGAUGAAAAGCAGAGAGCUUCAGUGGGUUUUGGGAAACUGCUGGCCGCCAUGAACACUUUGGGAUUCUCAGCGGAUGAGCAGAAGGCCAUUUGGCAUGUUUUAGCAGGAAUAUACCAUCUUGGUGUUGCAGGAACAUGCAAAGUGGGCCGUAAGCAGUUUAUGAGUUUUGACAGCGCGCAGACGGCCAGCGCCAUCCUGGGUUGUGAGGGAGAGGAGCUUCACACUGCCGUCUUCAAACACCACCUGAGGCAGUUACUGCAGAGAGCGACUGGAGGCGUCAGAGAGCGACACGCCGCAGACGAACCGGAGGAAGGUCCAAAACUGAGUGCUGCUCAGUGUGUAGAAGGGAUGGCGGCUGGUCUCUAUGAGGAACUCUUCACCACUAUUGUGUCUCUCAUCAACAGAGCGCUGCACUCUCAGCAGCUGACGCUGGCCUCCGUGAUCGUGGUGGACACACCGGGCCUGAGGAACCCCAGACACAGCGGCGAUGACCGGGCCGCCGGCUUCUCCGAGCUCUGUCACAACUACUUACAGGAGAGACUGCUGGAACUUUACUUCAAUCACACGUUCACACAGACGCUGGAGCGAUACACACAGGAAGGAGUACGUGUAGAUUUCACAGCCCCUGAGACGAGCCCGUCAGAGGUCGUGUGUGCUGUUGACCAGCCAGGACUGCAGGUUCGAGCACCAGAAGGCGACUCUCGAGGUCUCCUGUGGGUUCUGGAUGAAGAGAUGGUCACUCCUGGUUCCACCGAGAGCACGGUUCUGGAAAGAGUGUGUCAGUACUUCAGCGACACAGUGCGCCAGUGUGAGCAGCCUCUGCAGUGUGAGAUCGCUCACCUGAUGGGUUCAGAUCCGGUCCGCUAUGAUCUCUCAGGCUGGUUCAGUCAGGUCCAGAACAAUCCAUCUGUGCUUAAUGCCAGCUCCCUGCUGCAGAACUCCUCAAUUGGAGCAGUGAAGGCCCUGUUCGGUCUGCGGGCGUCCGUGCCCCCUCUCUGCCGGGGUUUGGGCGGCGUGGAGGGCGGCUCUCAGCGAUCCCUGCAGAGGAGCGGCACGGUGCGGAAGACUCUGAGUGGAGGGAUGGCGGCCCUCAGGAGACAUUCCCAGUGCAUUGCCGUCAAAUUGCAGGCGGAUGCUCUGGUGAAUCUGAUUCGGCGAGCGCGGCCGGUCUUCCUGCAGUGUUUGAAUGCUAAGACAGAUGGCUGUGGCUUUGAUGUCCCAGCACUGCGUGUACAGCUGCACUCUACACACCUGCUGCCGGCACUGCAGCUGUACCGAACAGGCUACCCGCAGCACAUGUCCCUGAGUGAUUUCCGCUGUCGUUUUCAGGCCCUCUCUGCUCCCAUAAUGAAGCGAUACGGUUCUGUCUUCAUUACCCCAGACGAGAGGAAGGCCGUGGAGGAAUUAUUGAUUGAUCUGGAUUUGGACAAGAAAAGCAUUGUUUUGGGAGCAAGCAGGGUGUUUAUGAAGCGUGGUGUCCUGAGGUCUUUAGAUCAGCAGAGAGAUCAGUUGUUGAGCGGCUGGCUGGUGCAGCUUCAAGCGUCCUGUCUGGGUCACCUGGGCCGCCAGAAAUACCGCCGCAUGAAGGUUCAGCAGAUGGCAGUGUGCUGUAUUCAAAGAAAUAUGCGAGUCCUCACCGCAGUGACCCGCUGGAGCUGGUGGAAGCUGCUGUGCAGAGUGCGCCCCCUGCUGGACGUCAACAUGGAUGACCAGCGGCUCAGAUCCAAAGAGGAUGAGAUCACUGCUCUGAGGAGACGUCUGGAAAAGUCAGAGAAGGAACGAAACGAGCUGCGUCAGACUGCAGACAACCUGGAGACCAAGGUAACCGCUGUUGUAUCUGAAUUAAGUGAUGAGCGGUUCAGAGGGGAUGCCAUGAGUCAAGCUCUAGACAGUGAGCGCAUGGAAAGACUGCGUCUCACCAAAGAGAACAAGGAACUGCAGAGUCGUGUAGACCAGAGUAAAGUGUCUUUGGAGGCCCUCGAGAGGCAGUUAGAGGAAGAAAAACAGAAAAUCAAGAAUAAAGAAGCUCUCAGCGGAGUGGCGACAGAAAGUGAGCUGCAGCUGCAGCUGGAAUGCGCGCAGACGGAGGUGGAGUUUCUGCGCAGGCGUCUGCGGCAGACAGAGGAAAGACUUGAGAGAGAGAAAGAAGCCCGUCAGCUGUUGGAUACAAAGGUCCAGGAACUGCAGUCUCAGCUUGAUCAAUCUAAACGCUCCGUGACAGAGCUAAAACGCCACUGCCGGAGGUUGACCUCCGACCUUCAGGACGCCCGCGUGCUGACAGACAGCCUGCAGGGCCGCGCUCACGAGCUGGACAGGAAACAGAGGAGGUUUGACAGCGAGCUGACCCAGGCUCUGGAACAGGCUGAUAAUGAGAGGGAGCAGAAGGAGAGAGCCAUCCAUGAGAAUACCGCCCUCGGCGCAGAGAUCUUCACCCUUCGCAAGACGCUGAAGGAGAGUCAAGUGGAGGUCACGGACCUGCAGCAGCAGAAGGAGGAGUUGUGCGCUCAGAUCCGUGACCUGAGUGUCCCUCUCCAUCUCACCUCUGACUCCAUCCCUGAACUGAAGAAGAAGCUCCGUGAGCUGGAGACCAGAGACAGGGAGCGCUCGGAGGAGAUCAGCCAGAUGACGGCCAGAAUCAAACAGCAGGAGCAGAUGCACCUGCGCUUUGAAAUGGAGAUGGAAAGGAUGAAGCAGAUUCAUCAGAAGGAGCUGGAGGACAAAGACGAGGAACUGGAGGACGUGCAGAAGUCCUCACAGAGACGGCUCCGACAGCUGGAGAUGCAACUGGAACAGGAAUAUGAGGAGAAACAGAUGGUGGUUCAUGAGAAGCAUGACUUAGAGGGGCUGAUUGCCACACUGUGUGAACAGGUGGGCCACAGAGACUUUGACGUGGAGAAGAGGCUGAAGCGAGACCUGAAGCGCACACAUGCUCUGCUCAGUGAUGCCCAGCUGCUGCUGUCCACCGUUGAACAGCCCGGGCAGGGUCAUGACCCCGGUGCCAAGGAGCAGCUGGAGAGACUGCGCUGCCAGCUGGAGGACAGUGAAGCCAGACGGUUGGAGGCUGAAAGUGUUCAGAAGACUCUCGCUGCGGAGCUGGAGAACGCUCAGAUCGAACUGGAGAGCAUCUGCAAGCAGAAGAGCCUGGUGGAUGAGCAGCUGGCUCAGCUAUGCUAUGAGCGGACGGACCUGAUGAAGAGGCUCGAAGAAGACCAGGAGGACCUCAACGAGCUCAUGCAGAAGCACAAAGCCCUCAUCGCUCAGUCUUCCAGUGAUAUCUCUCAGAUCCGAGAGCUUCAGGCUGAAAUGGAAGAACUGAAGAAACAGCGACAGACUCUACAGAAGGAGCUGCAGACCAGUGUAGCACGCGUGCAGUUCCUGGAGUCAUCCACGGUGGCCCGCAGCAUCGUAAGCAAGCAGGAAGCUCGUAUCUGUGAUCUAGAGAACAAAUUGGAGUUCCAGAGAGGACAGGUCAAGAGAUUUGAGGUCCUAGUUCUGCGUCUAAGGGACAGUGUGGUGCGGCUAGGUGAGGAGCUGGAGCAGGCGGCCCAGGCCGAGGCCAGAGAGAGGGAGAACUCCCGAUACUAUCAGCAGAGACUGGCGGAUAUGAGACUGGAAAUGGAUGACCUGAGUGUCAGAGAACAGGAUAGCAGCCGCCGACGCAUGGAGCUGGAAAUGCAAGUGGAAGAGCUUAGCGCAGUAAGACAGACCCUGCAAGCUGAUCUAGAGACAUCAAUCCGGCGUAUCGUUGAUCUACAAGCUGCGCUGGAGGAGGUGGAGUCCAGCGAUGAAAGUGAUACUGAAAGUGUGCAGACGGCUGUGGAGUCGUUCUCGAGAAGGAAAGAUCUCGACACCAUGUCCAGUGUCGGAUCCAGUGUGGGCACCGAAGACGUUGGUGAAGGGAUCCGUCAUUGGGCGGGUGUGCCACGAGGGGGCCGAGGAGGUGGAACUUCUCCUUACGCAGGAAGCAGCUCUGGCCGUCAAUCUGUCACCGACACCAUGAGCACCUACAGUUUCAGAUCUUGCACGCAAGAACUGGAUGAAGAUGUCAAAGAAAGUUCUGGAGGUCUUGGCAGAGCAUCAUCAUCCACGGCCCUAUCUGAGCUUCUGGAGGGUCUGAGGAAGAAACGUGCUGGCUGGGAAAGAGGCUCUGAGGCGGGCGAGGGCAGCACAGUGUCCCUUCCCAUCUAUCAGACGACAGGGGCCUCCACCCUACGCCGCAGGGCCUCAGCGCUGUCACUAGAAGCAGAGGAAGGUCUGGAGGACCUGCCUCGACCCGGCAUACUGAAACCUCCCAGUCCCCACCUGCCCCGUGCCUCCAGUCUCCGCUCCCUAUCGGAGGCAAGCCCAACGUCCUCCACCACCACAACCACAACCACCACAGGAAAGAUAAACCGCUUCAGCUCCUGCGACUCCCUCACCUCUGGGACCUCCACCGCAAGUUCACGCCGCCACUUGUCCAACCUCGCCAUCCCUGAGGAGGGGGAAGAGGAGCCCAGCUCGAAAGCCAUGCCUCCUCUUGGCUCCUAUCAACCAAUCCGCCGUCGUCUACUUGGUGGCCUGGUGGCCGAAACCGGAGAGUCACAAAUAGGAGCAGAACCCCUUGUGUUUCAGAAUCGCAGACUUGGGAAUCAGGACAAGGAGAGGGCUGGAGUCGAUGAAGGGGAAACCAGCUUAGACAUUCUUCCAGCAAUCCGACGAGCACAGUCCACCAGCAGUCUGGCAUCUAGCGGGUCCAGAACGGGCCAGAGACGAGCCCUCAGCGUGCACUUUGGGGAGUUGCCGCCAUCCAGAGCAUCACGUAGAGAGUCCGACUCAGACUCUUCAAGUUCAGGUGGAUCUCAGCAGCGCCGUGGGCCUCAAGGAGAGAGGCUGGAAGCUGAGGGCAGCGAGGAUGUCAACUCCGUGAUGAAGAAGUACCUCAAAAAAGCAGAGGUCGACUAGAAGACUCAACAAGGAUAGAUGGUGUGGUGAAUCACCCCUGUCCAGAAGGCAUUUAACUGGAAGCACAAAUACACUGAGGAUUUAUUUUGAGCACUGUUUGUACACAAAUAAAGAUGUUGAAGUGAACAUAUUUAAUUCCUAAAAUUCUCACUGUAAACAUGCCCUUUAUUUGAGCCGUGCUGAUAACCCGCAGGGGCUUCAGGUCAGGGAAAUGAAUCUUGACCAGUGAGCGAUCUCUUUCCCUCGCAGCAGUCAGUGCAAAUUUGUUGAACUCCAACAGAUGUAAAUAAAAACGUCGAGCAGAA